CAACACUGGUCAUGAGCACUUACGGUUUGUAGCAGAAAAUAACAAAAUAUUAUAAUUAAAUUUGUUUACUACACAUAACAAUAUCAGCCAACAUAUUAAAGGAGCGAGAGCGUGUUUCGUAUUUGAUUUUCGUUUGUCACACGAGAAAUCACAACCAAGCACAACAACAACCACAACAACACCUGAAGAAUUAGCAAACAAACAAAAACAAACUGACAAAACGCAAAAACAACGAAACCCUUUCCACAACAGCUAGAAAAAUGGCCAAAAUGUACGGAAAGGGUAAGACGGCCAUCGAAUCGGAGGAGCAACAAAAACGUCGCUGGCAAAUUGAACUAGAGUUUGUUCAGUGUCUCUCCAAUCCCAAUUAUCUCAACUUUCUGGCUCAGCGUGGUUACUUUAAGGAUCCAUCGUUUAUCAACUACCUCAAGUAUUUGCAGUACUGGAAGGAGCCCGAUUAUGCCAAGUAUUUGAUGUAUCCCAUGUGCCUAUACUUUCUUGAUCUACUGCAAUACGAGCACUUUCGUCGCGAGAUUGUAAAUAAUCAGUGCUGCAAGUUUAUCGAUGAUCAGGCAAUACUUCAAUGGCAGCAUUAUACUCGGAAGCGCAUUAAGCUCAUCAAUUCGGUGCAAGAGAAUGCAGCGGCAGCAGCUGUUGCUCAACAACAACAACAGCAGCAGCAACAACAACAACAACAAAAUCAACAGGAGCAACAACAAAGCAAUGGGGGCGGCAUUAUAGCGCCAAACGAAGCAUCCACGGUUACAGGCACAGAGGCAGCUAAUCCGCAACAACAGGCGACUCUACAGAACGGAGACAGCAGCUGCUCAACACAAGCCUCACAACAGCAACAUCAGCAACAACAGCAGCAACAACAACAACAAUUGACACAGCGUGAACCAACGCAGGCUCAAACUCAGGGUUCUACUGUUUCCCAACAGCAGCAGCAGCAACAACAACAACAACAACAACAACAACAAAUCAAUGGCCUUGCCACAAGUGGCAACAUAAAAUUAGAAUUAAAUUAGCAAACGGCUAAAAGAGCAUUAAUAAACUAAACUAAGCGAAAGAUAAGAGAAACUACAA